UUUGAGUGAAGUGGAUCAUUCCAAGAGUCUUUGCAAUGCCUAGAAAUUGUAGGCAGAUACAGUAGUUUUAUGUGGGAGUUUUUAUAAUUAUUAAAUAGGAAGGGGAUCAUAUGACUUCGAUAUGAGCGCUUGGAGACAUUAACUAAGCACUGGACUAAGUAGUGAUUUUAAACUGGUGAUUAGAAAAUAUACUGUAUAGGCCAGUAACAUGGACACAACAUGUGUGAUUUCUAUAGAGGGUAUGACCUGUGACUCUUGUGUUCGGAGCAUUGAAGGGGUCAUUGGGGAUGACCUUGCUGUCAAAAACAUCUCUGUAUCACUACAAAGGGAAGAAGCUGUUAUAAGCUUCAACUCCCUAGUAUCAUCAGCAGAGCAACUACGUGAUAAAAUUGAUGAUAUGGGAUUUGAGGCAACGCUGAAGAAUGACAAUCUAGCCAGGGAGAUAUCAGUAACUAUUUACAUCACUGGUAUGAAAUACAAUUCAUGCGCGCAGUCUAUUGAGAGAAAGUUAUCCACGCUAGAGGGAGUCAAUCGGAUAUCAGUGUCGUUGGAACGUCAACAAGGUGUAAUUGCCUUUGAUGACAAUCUAACCAAUCCCGAACAAUUAUUGUCUGCCAUUCAGGAAAUGGGAUUUGGUGCUUCAUUUAACCAGCAUGAGAAGCCAUUAAUUAAUGAAGUUUUGAUACGUGUUGAUGGUAUGACUUGUAAUUCAUGUGUGAAAUCCAUUGAGGGAAAUAUAUCAGAACUAAACGGAGUAAACAGCAUCGCAGUUUCUCUCGAGAAUAAAUCCGCAACAAUACGAUACGAAUCCAACAAAAUGGAUCAGAAAACCUUGAGACAAGCAAUAGAGGACAUGGGUUUCGUCGCUAGUUUCGAUGAGUUGGACUCAGAAUUACGUGAUCUUACAAUUUCUGUGGGUGGUAUGACGUGCCAGUCUUGUGUGCGUUCAAUUCAGGAUAACAUCUCAACAUUCAAAGGAGUUGUUGAAAUAGAAGUGUCAUUAGAAAAAGGAGAAGCGUAUGUGAAAUAUGACCCGGUAUUGACUAAACCGGAGACGGUUCGUUUAGGAAUCGAGGAUAUGGGAUUCGAUGCUGCUUUACCAAAAGGUAGCACAAAUGGCAAUGGAGCGACCGUUGUGCUUGAUGUCGUAGGUAUGACAUGCCAAUCAUGUGUUAAAAGCAUUGAAGGUAAAAUGAAAGAUGAAACUGGUGUAGAAAAAAUCACGGUCUCUCUUGAAAAUAAAAACGCUGUGAUUUCUUAUAAUCCCAAUGAAACGACACCGGAAAUGUUACGACAGGGAAUUGACGAAAUGGGAUUUGACUGUUUUUUACCAGUAAACCUAGAUGGAACAGACCAAAACGUGGAAAUUACGCAAACAACGUUAAUCGGCAUUGAGGGUAUGACAUGCAAUUCUUGCGUGCAUUCGAUUGAAGGAAGCAUAUCCGAGAAGCCCGGAGUGAAGUCUAUUAAAGUUUCACUGACAGAGAAGCAGGGAAAAAUUGAGUUUUAUCCGUCGAAGACUUCCCCAAGUGAUCUUCGAGAUGCUAUCGACGAUAUGGGGUUCGAGGCUUCGUUAGUUGAUGCCCAUUUAAAUCCAGCAUAUCAUCAAGGAAGUAAAGAUAAUGGUUUGAAAAGCAUUUUAAAACGACCGGACCCUCGGAAGCGUUUCCUUGAGGAUUUGGAGCUUGGCGACGGCAACAUUAAACGAUGUCAGCUGCAGGUAACGGGGAUGACGUGUGCCUCUUGCGUAGCAACCAUCGAGAAGAAUUUGAAAAAGGAGAAAGGUAUCGAGUCUGUUUCUGUAUCACUGAUGGCUCAGAAGGCUGAAAUAAAUUACAACAUUCAUUUGAUCACGUCUAACAAAAUCGCAAACUUCAUCAGUGACAUGGGAUUCAGCGCCAAGGUGUUGGAGGAUGACACUUCACCUGUUGAUCAAUAUGUGGAACUCCAGAUAUCUGGGAUGACAUGUGCUUCGUGUGUGUAUCUUAUUGAAUCUACCCUCAAGAAAAAGCAAGGCAUCCUCUCAGCAUCUGUUACCUUAGCAACAUGUAGAGGGCGCUUUGAAUAUGACCCAGAGCUUAUAGGACCAAGGGAUGUCAUUCAAUAUGUCAGGGAUGUUGGUUUUGGAGCUAAUCUGGCAACCAAUGAUACUAAAAGCAAAAUGGCAAUAAUAGACCACAAAGAAGAAAUUAGACGGUGGAGAAAGUCAUUCCUGCUAUGUUUGUUUUUUGGUAUUCCUGUUAUGGUUAUUUUGAUACAUGACAUCAGGCAUGGAGCCAGCCAGAAACUUAUUAUACCAGGGUUGUCAGUGGAAAACCUUGCACUCUUCCUACUAUGCACACCUGUACAGCUUUUAGGAGGCCGGUACUUUUAUGUACAGGCCUAUAAAGCCCUGAAGCAUCGCGCAGCCAACAUGGACGUGUUGAUUGUUCUAGCUACAACCAUUGCUUAUCUGUAUUCCAUUUUCAUCCUCAUUAUUGCUAUGAUACAAGGGGCAAGUACUAGCCCCAUGACAUUCUUUGAUGAACCCCCUAUGUUGCUAGUUUUUGUCUGCCUUGGAAGAUGGUUGGAGCACAUGGCAAAGGGAAAAACAUCUGAAGCACUGGCAAAACUCAUGUCCCUACAAGCGACUGAAGCCACUCUGGUUAAGUACAACGAAGAGGGCAGCAUUGAGGAGGAGGUCGAGAUGGAGGUUGACCUUCUGCAUAAAGGGGACGUUGUCAAAGUGUUCCCAGGGGAGAAGAUCCCCAUCGACGGAACCGUACUCGAGGGCAAGUCUAUGGUUGAUGAGUCUCUCAUCACUGGGGAGUCGAUGCCUGUUGUGAAGAUGGAAGGCCACACUGUGAUUGGCGGUACUAUCAACCAAAAUGGAACACUAUUUGUGAAAGCAACACACAUCGGGUCAGACACAACAUUGUCACAUAUUGUGAAACUUGUCGAGGAAGCACAGACAUCAAAGGCUCCAAUCCAAAAGAUUGCUGAUAAGGUAGCUGGUUACUUUGUACCUGCCAUAGUCAGUUUGUCUCUGCUGGUUCUUGUCCUCCACAUAGCGACUGGAUAUUCUAACCUAGAAUCUGCUCACGCUUCCUACAAAGCAUCAAAUGAAACAAUGGGGCGGAAUGAGAUGAUACUUCAGUAUUCCUUCCAAUGUGCUAUCGCAGUGCUCUGUAUCGCUUGCCCGUGCGCCCUCGGGCUGGCCACACCCACGGCGGUGAUGGUGGGAACGGGGGUCGGAGCUAGCUUUGGGAUACUCAUAAAAGGCGGUCAGCCUCUAGAGAUGGCGCACAAAGUGAAGGUGGUAAUUUUCGACAAGACGGGAACAAUAACGCAGGGCGCACCUCGUGUUAUUCGUGUGGCGGUAUUCGAAAACCCGAUAGUGAACUCAUUGAAGAAACUGUUAGUAAUUGUAGGGUCAGCAGAAUCUGGCAGUGAGCAUCCGAUUGGAUCAGCCAUUGUAAAGUACACAAAAGAGAAAUUAAAAACAGAGGUGCUGGCAAAUUGUAGAGACUUUGAAGCAGUGCCUGGGUGUGGUUUGAAAUGCACUGUGAGCGGAAUCGAAGACAUUCUCCUGAAUUGCGAAGAGGAUGUAGAGCAGGAAAUGAAUAACACUCACAACUUGAAUGGAACUGUCAAUCACCAGACCGGAACGCCAAUCAUUACAACAUCAACAGUAGAUGAAAAAUCUCAAGAAUUAAUGAAACCAGGUGAAUUUUCAGUCAUCAUUGGCAACAGGGAGUGGAUGCAGCGUCAUUGUUAUGAAAUUCCAUUUGAAGCGGAUGAAGAAAUGAGGGAACAUGAGGAGAAAGGGCAAACAGCUGUACUUGUAGCUGUCAAUGGAAUUGUACUGGGCAUGAUAGUUGUAGCAGAUUCACUGAAGCCAGAGGCUUUCUUGGCUGUGUACACCCUAAAAAAAAUGGGCCUACGGGUUAUCCUACUGACCGGCGACAACCGCAAAACAGCAGAAGCAAUCGCAGACCAGGUAGGCAUACCCGAGGUGUUUGCCGAGGUCCUCCCCCAGCAUAAAGUCGCCAAGGUGAAGGAGUUACAGGCAAAAGGCCGCCUGGUUGCCAUGGUUGGUGACGGUGUCAACGAUUCACCAGCCCUAGCCCAGUCUGAUGUUGGCAUCGCAAUUGGUACAGGUACGGACGUUGCAGUCGAGGCAGCGGAUAUUGUACUGAUACAGAAUAACCUGCUUGAUGUAGUUGGUGCAUUGCACUUAUCAAGAAAGACAGUUAAAAGAAUUCAUCUCAAUUUUGGAUUUGCUAUUAUAUAUAAUCUCAUCGGAAUUCCAAUUGCUGGAGGUCUGUUUAUGCCUUGGGGAAUAGCACUCAAACCUUGGAUGGCAUCGGCAGCCAUGGCAUUCUCCAGUGUCUCUGUUGUGACAUCAUCGUUGUUACUCAAACUAUACAAGAAACCGGAUUACUCGGGUCUUGAGAAACCGAGUUCCCACCAGUACACACAGCUGAGAAGUAGAUCCCAUCGGAUUUCUAUAGAUAUCAGCGAGGAAGAAGAUGUGCCAGUUCUUAAGAAGACAAAACCAUGGACGCAAUUUAAGAAGAAGAAAUCGAAAGAUGCCAUGAAUAUGUCUUUGCUAGGGGAACAUGAGGAUUGAAAAUAUAUUAAUUCAUUAUCUGUAAAAAUGGGACUCCUUAUCUUAUUGAAAAUUCUCAGCUUAAUACCGUAUUGGACACUUAGCUUGCUAAAAAUCUAUUGACUCCUUAGGUGUGUAUUUGAAUUUUUUUUAAAUCCCUAAAUUGGACAUUAUAGGACAAUUGUAAGAAUUUCUAAACUCUAAAUGACUUCAUGGCCAAAUAGAAAUCUGUAAAUUAGACCCCUAGCUCAUUCAUGGAAAAUAUAACAAGUUUGAGAUGUUGCAAUCAUUGCUUGUAAAAUCGUCAAAUGUGUUAGGUAAAUCAUGUUCCCAUUAAGACAACCAGACACUUUAGCUGCUUGAAAGUGAAUUACUGCAAAUUAUAUAACUGUAAUAUUUUAUGUAACUAUUUUUUAUGCGAUAAAGAUAAAGUAUUUAUUUAAAAGGGAAUAAGAUGAAAGUGGCAAACAUGUUAAGAAUGGUAAAAUAUAUUUUUCGCUAUAAAAAGAGAAAUCCCACCAUUUUGACAAGAAAAUAAUGUACAGUCUGUAAUGGACCCUCCAGCUUAUUAAAAAUCUAUAGACUCCUCAUAUCUGUAUAAUACUCUCCUCUCAUUGGACGCUACAGGGUAGCUGUAAUCAGGGAGAUGUAAUUGUGUAAACUUUUGUAUAGCAUUGCUCUAAAUUACUUCUCAGCCAAAUGAAAAUCUAUAAAUUGGACACUUUAGUUUCAUUAAAAAUUUAAUAAUUUGUCUUAUAUCUGAUAAACUUUUAAGUAUCAUGAUGACAUUAUAAGUAUACAACCCAAUUUUUCAGUUUUUAAAGAUUUCUUGAAUUACUGCAAAUUGUACAAUUGUAAUAUUUUACAGACUAUUUUUUAUGUGCUAAAGAUAAAAUAUAUAUUAAAAAAAAAUAUGUAAGUGUUAAAUGUGUUACGAAUGGUAAAAUGCAUUUUUUUUUGCUAUACUGAAAGCAAAAACCCACCAAAAUCUACCAUUCCGAUUAGAAGCAAGAUAGAACCAAAUACAUAUUUUAAAUGUGUGAUUGUAGAAGAUAAUUAUAUUAAAGGUAUAUAUCUUAGUGUUGAUACUUAAAUCUAUGUUAAAUUGUGAAGAUUUCAUCAUCUUAAUAAUAAUUGUUCAGGUAUCAUUCGGUUUUGACCUCAAUACUACUAAAGGUCAAUUCAGACAGCAUUGUACAACAAAGUCUCGGACAGUCACGUCAUAGAAUAUUAGACAUGUUUAACAUUCUUGCAACGACCAAAGGAAUGUCCCCGAUGAUGAAUCGUUUAUGGUUGCAGUUGUGUCAUAGAAUAUUAAACGUGAUUUUUAACAUUCUUGCAAUGACCUAAGGAAUGUCCCCGAUGAUGAAUAUCGUUUACGGCUGCAAAAACCAUUCAGUUUAGGCGUGGUCCAUCUUUUCUUUAACACAGUUAGUUGAUUUGCAUUUAACUGCUCAGUUUUCUUGCAUCUUUAAUGCAACUCCAAAAUGCUCAUAAUGAUUAUUAUGCAUGCUUCUCUCUUGGUGGUGUCAAAUGGUGCAGGCUUCCUACAUCUUUAUCUCAAACCUAUAAUGAUGGCAGAUUCCAUAUUUAAGACAAUACUGGGAAGUGGCAGAUUUAGAAAUUCAAAAUAUAGGAAAUAUUGUCAAAGGUGGAUCCAGAGAUGUCCAAAAGGGGAGCCGAAAUUUGGGCUGAUCGAGAUAAUAUUGCCCUGGGGGUCCGGUGGAAUCUCCCCCUCGAAAUUUUAGUGUUCUAGAGGCCCUAAAAUAACCUCCAAGACGUUUUGGGCGAUCAAUCAUUUUCUUCCUUUUUUUUUAACCUUCCAAAAGGGGAUGGCUGGCCUGUCCCCACCCCAAAUCUUCCCUUAGAGUUAAAGUCUCAUAAUGAGGUUUAUCAGUGUUGCUAUUUUUAGUCAUAAAAAUAAUUAUGAGCAUUUAACCUGAGGUUGGUAACAAUAGAAAUAUGUGGAAAAUGUUAUUUUGGAUUUUUUUUUUAAAUCAGUAUGUUUGUAUACGAAUCUUGAUCAGAGUUUGUGAACUCAUGGAUUAGGCCAAGUUAAAAAAGUUAUGGUGUUCAACUACAGUACAAUGAAAAUUUUUUUUGAUGAGCUAAAAAGGCUGAAAUAGGUCUAUCUUGCUGGAUGGUAGGCGAUGUGACAGUGUUAUGCUAUCGUUUUCCUCUUCAAUAUAGAUUUGAAAUGGUCUUUGUUGUACUUUUGUGUAUUUUCUACUUUUUAAGCAUAAACACAAUAUUAGUUUAAAAACAAAACAAAAAUAUUUCCUAUGGAUUUUUCCAAAACGUGACCAACACAAGAAUUGUAAUUUUUUUCCUGGCCUUAUUGAGAUUUUCGAAUUUUGGAAUAGUUUUGUUUUAUAUAUAUUUGGAGUGGAGCUGAUCAUAGUUUGGUGGUUUAAGAUUCUUGCCUUCCAUUCAUAGGGUCCUGGGGUUCAAACCCAGUCACUGCAGGGUUUUUGUUUUUCUCACAACUAAAAACAGCUCCACUCCUUAUAUUAUGCCUCAAAUAGGGACUUAAAUCAUAACAUCCUACAAAUGGUGAGUUUACUUGUUGCUUGGUCUUGUCCUAAUAUCCCAGUGAGGGAUUUAAACAGGAGGCGUGGAGAGAGGCAGGGUUUAUAUUGCAGUCAAUAAUAUCGGGCAGGAGAUUCCAGUCUUUAAUUGUGCGGGAGAAGGAGUUUGCAUAAACAUCGGUCCUUAUUGAAUGUGGGAAAAUGAAAUAAACCACCUUACUUCUGUGCCAAAUUUCUUCCACCUUAACUUGAACACUUGCGUGGAAUAUUUUUUGAUAAAUUAAUGUGUUUGUAUUCUUUUAUUCUAUAAUGUGUGAGUGUGUGUUUAACAAUACUGGUAGUAAUUAAUAGCUUUAUUAUUUUAUAUAUAUUUGUGCAUAGGUGUAUUAAUUUUAUGCAAAUUAUGAAACUGGAUAUUUUUGACUGUAGGGUAUCAUAUUUAGAAAUUCCAUAAGGAUCACUUUUUUUAUCUCCAAAAUUGUUUAUUUUUGGUGCAGCUUCCACCAAACUGCAAGAAUCUGAAUAAAACAAACAAUAUUUAACAAUCCAA